UUUUUUUUUUCGAUAAUUUCUUUUCGCGCUCUUCUUUUUUUUUUGGCGAAUGAAAUUCGAAAAUUCGGUUUAUGUCCGACACCUCGGUACACACAUCAGUAUUAGAAGCCAAGGAUGUCGGAUAGUUCGGAUCAGCUGUCUUCGCCGAACAGCGAUUGCAACAGCCAAAUGGGUGUCGUGCAUCGCAAUACUGCCGCGCAGUAUGGUAGCGCAACGUCAAUAUCCGGUCUCGCAUUAGCGCAUCAUUCCCAAAAUCUAACGCCCACGUCAAACGGUAGCCCGCAGUAUCCGCAGGAAUUGUCCGCUUGCAGUUCCGUGACCACCAACAUAAGCAACAUCGGCGGGCUCUCACUCGGCAGCAGUACCGCCAGUAAUUUCACACCCGAGCAAAUAGCCUGCAUGUGCGAGGCCCUGUCACAAAGCCAGGACAUAGAAAAACUGUCGAGAUUUCUUUGGUCUCUGCCACCUGGAGAACUGUUGCGCGGUGGUGAAAGCGUACUGAUGGCGCGUGCCGCCGUUGCUUUCCACCGUGGGGCCUAUCAAGAACUCUACUCGAUUCUCGAGACCCACCCUUUCUCCCCGCGUCGUCAUCCCGAACUGCAGCAGAUGUGGUUCAAAUCGCAUUAUCGCGAGGCCGAAAAGAUCCGCGGACGACCACUAGGUGCCGUUGACAAGUACCGUCUGCGUAAAAAGUAUCCGCUACCGAAGACUAUCUGGGACGGAGAGGAGACCGUUUACUGCUUCAAGGAGCGAUCGAGGAACGCCCUGAAGGAGUGCUACAUGAGAAAUCGAUACCCAACGCCGGACGAGAAAAAGAACCUCGCCAAGAAGACCGGCUUGACGCUGACUCAGGUGUCCAACUGGUUCAAGAAUCGACGACAGCGGGACCGCACGCCGCAGACAAGAACAGAUAUGCUUCCGCUGAACUGUCAAAGCACAACCAAUAGCACGAUAAGCAGUUCGGUGAGCAACGGAGGCAGCAUCCAAUCUCUGCAGAGUAUGGAUUCCGACAGUCCGAAUCUCGCGAUGUCACCUCUAUCGACAAUGGGUAUGUCGCCGGUUACGAUGAAUCCGUGUAGUCCGAUGGGUAUGAGUCCAAUGGCGCCUCACCAUACCUAUCCAACACCUGUCACUCCGUCAUCCGUUCAUACCGCGCAUCCACAUAACGGUGGAUUAAGCCCUAUGAACGACGUGAAAGCUCUUUGCUACGGACGCAGUGUAUACGACACAGGGAAAGAUAUGGAACAGAGUUCGGUCUACUACUCCAGCCACUCAAGUAUGCAUCAUCAGUAUUACCAACAAACUCAUCAUCAAAUGAUGUCAAGCGGUCAUCAUCAACACAGUAUGCCAGCAGGAUACGAAAUCAUGCUUCCUCCUCCUCAACAUUCCAUGUGACCAACAAGCUACGAAGAUGAUCGCAGUGACCAGGGUCAUCAAAAUGACGACGUGCUAGCGCGAAUACACGCAUUCGCUUGAUUUUUUGGUUUGUUCUUCUGUUUCAGUUUGAGUCAUAGGCAAUAAUCAAAAAUAAAAUUAAAGGUAACAAAUAAGCAUAGAAGUUAAUUUUUUUUAGAAAACAAUUUUUUUUUAACACAAAUACGAUUUCCUACUAAAAUAUGACUUUUUCUAAUUGCGGAACAGACUUAUUUUAUGUAAAAAAUUAAUUUACAACUCUCUUUUACAAUUUUAA